AUGCCGCCUACUCCACCGCCAGAUGAAAGUGCGUCCAACGCACUUGUCCAAGUCAAUGCACAAUCUCCAUUCCAAACGACUUUGGACCUCGCAAGUGCGGGACAACUGGCUUUCAACAUAUCCCUCUCUUUGAUGAGGAACCUUUCUCACAACAGGAUUGAUACCGAAGCCUUUACCAUCAGCCAGUUUGUCGUUGGACGCUCACUCAAGUGGCAUGAGAAAGGCCGAGACCGCUUCGCGCAAGCUUUAUCGGAGACAGAAAAUGGCCUUGUCAACUCUGUGAAUCGCUUCCUGAAAUUCGGAAUCAACGCGACCUCUCUCCAAUACGUCCUGCAAUUGGAGGAAGGACAAUGCUUCGCAGCAUUGUGUGCUUCUCUCUGCGAGUGCUACACAGUAGACUGGACCGCCAAGAUCAUUCUUCAACUGAUCAAGAAAAUCAUCACGGAAAACAGCGGUGAUGCACAACUUGGGCAGAUGAGCACUCCAUCCUUACAGGCCAUAAGCACUCUGGUCGACAGGUACUGCGGGCUCUUUGCUACAUCCCGUCUUGGCGUCAUGAUGGAAGAGUACAUGACAUACGAUGGUCACGGCAUGGUGACGGGACUGUGUCGUCCCAGGAGCAAUUCCAGCAAAAUUCCAAAAACCCGUGGUAUUUCCAGCCCAGAACACAUGGCGGAUGCGCUGUACGAGAUUAUCCAGCUGUCGAGAGGCAAAUCCCUGAAGGUGCAGUUUGUGGGUGGCGCGGACGCAGUCGCGAUUGCUGCGAUAGGGGUUUGGCUGGUCGACUUACCCACUGCCUUCUACACUGCGGAAUCCCAAGCCCCAAAAUUGGUUGCAUCGACUCAUGGGCCUUCUCAACCGGCUCGAGUGGUUGUUCUCUUUUCGGAAGAGGCAACCGACCGUAGGUCACUGGUUCAGGGCCGAACCGUUCGGCUUCCAACCAUCACCGACGUCCUCAGCCGAGGCAAAUCACUCAACCCAGCAUACAAGGUAUCAGGAAAACUCCAUUGGCACACGGCUCUCUCAGUGGCCUUCGGAAGCAGCUUCAAGAGGCUGAUCAAUAUGGAGUCAAACUUCGGGCCCGCCCUUGGAAGCGCUGCACGUGUUUUUCAGGCUUUCGUAGACGGAGACGAUAAUGUACCCGCCGACUGGCGCACUGCAUGCCAAACCUACUAUGAGAACAGCUUCGGGAUUGACUACGUGCACUUUGCUUUCGGUCAGUUUCAAGAGCUGGCAACUCCAAAGAUGAAAGAAGAAGCGCUGGCUUGCGCACGCUUAGAGUCUUACAGCGAAGCAGAGAGCAAGUUCGAAAGCUCGAUGUUUACCAUUGCAGAUAUUUGCGGCUGCAAGUAUUGUUGCUUUAAUGGAACACCUACGGCAAAACGCACUGCCGCCACAGCCACCAACCACGCCGAGCCACACGGGAACUAUUGUCUUGUGGCGCUAUGCAGCACCGUCAUCAGACUCGUCCGGGUCCUGUCUGGUAUCGAUAUGCUUGGCAGAAAGAUGUGCCUGAACAGGUCUGGGCUUGAGUGUUUCUACAACCAGCAGCACACCCGAUUGGUAGUACAGCGGAAAGGAGCUCGGAACAUUGAGAAGGACGAGUUGUUUCUAUACCGUAUUGUCGAGCACGUAAAGGUCGACAAGGAUGCACCCGAGUAUUCGCCACUCGCCGUUGCCAACACACUCUUCUCCGGCAACCAAAUGAACAAGAACAUUCAAAUGAGCACAUCUGCUUUCGCCGCUCAAGGAAUCUGCUGCUUCUUCAACAUCCUGCAGCAGAAAGAGCCUCGUGGGGGCUCUGUUGUGUCGAGGGUUUGCGUUGUGCCCGGAACCAUCGAGUACCGUGGGCAGACGUAUGCUGGACUCGGUGACUUGGGAUCCCACCAAUAUCAGGAUGCCGCUCCGCAAAGAAACCCCAAACGGCCCGAAUACUGUGUGCCGGAAAAGAUCAGGAACCACACAAGAAUUUGCUGCAGCACCGAUCCACAACUUGCUGUAGACGAGGAACUCGUGGACCAGAGGAGUCCCUGGCUGAACGUUGGGUUCGAGCUGCUUGGCCCGGACGACCGGAUCAUAUCUUUCCUGGGGCCUGCGAGAAUUGUGGAAAACAACCGGGGUCAGGCAUUCAUGGCCAAAUUUCGCUAUUGUUUGCUCACCAGAAUCCUACACGCAGAGAACGCCUUCGAUGUCAAGGCUGUUGACGGGAACCACUGCCGAGUAGGCCACGGGGUCAUGAGUGCAUUCUGA